UGCGGCGGGGCGCCGUGCCCAGCGCAGCUCCCGGCUCCGCUGCACCAUGCCCGGCCGCUGCCUGCUGCUCCUGGCGCUGCUGCUGCCGCUGGAACCUGCCCUCUGCCAGCAAGCCCGGGGCAACCUGCAGCCAUGGGCACAAGGUGUCAUCGCAGUGGUCGUAUUUCUAGUCCUGGUGGCCAUUGCUUUCGUGGUCAACAGGUUCUGGUGCAAGGAUAAAGUGGAAAGUGUUGAGAACGUGGUGAGUGUGGAGGACAAGCCAGAUGCUGUCACAUCCAACGGCCAUGAAGUGAGAUACGUAUCAGCUGCAGCUGACUUCAGGUCCAAAGAGAACCAGCAUGCCUAUGAGAACACCGUGGAGCCUGAGGAGAAGGUGAUCACCACGGCCAUGUAGCAGCACCCACUCGCCACCCUCCUCUUCCUCCCGACUCGCUUCCUGCUAUUGCGAUGGGAAUUCCAUUCCUGCACUGGCACCCCUGUGAGUGCUGGGGCCCUGGCCCCUCCAUGGCACCACCACCUCCUGAUCUUUCCCUUUUCCACCUGUGGGACAUGCUCUUGUCCCUCUGGCACCGGUGUCCACCUGGGCACUGGUUCCCAGGAGAGGUCUGGAAGUGCCACCUCUCCUGCCUGGUGGUCACCCCACCCGGCUGGCAAGGCUCAGGUCCCAAGUCCCAGGAGGGUGUUGACCUGUUCAAGACACAGAGGGGAUCCCCCUGGGUGCCUCCCCACGCUCCCAGCUGCCCUCCAGGGAGCUGCUGAUGGAAAACCUGUUCUUUUCUCCCCAGUUCACCCUCCUUUUUAUGACCUACACCAUGCAUUUUAAUGUCAAACAAACCUCCCCCUCUGUACAUAUCUUCCCGGUGAGCAAUAAAGAGAAUUGUUGCCCAUGAC